AUGUAUCCACGACAAAAUGCCAUCCAUGCUGUAGAAGAUAACCCAGCCAUUGAAGAUGCUGUAAAGGUCAUUGAGCCCAACAUUGCAGGAAAUAAUGUCAUUCCAGUUGAUCAAAUUAUUCAGGAAUCAGAAAUCAAUAUUGUUGAAGUUUAUGAUGAAAGGGGCUUCAUCAUCCCUGAAGAUAAGGAAAUGGGCAUUUGGCAACAAUUGAAUAUGGAUGACUCUGAAGAGGAUGAAGUUACAUUUGUACAAGUGCCUGAAAAUCUGCAUGUACUCCAUCCUCCAAAUGAAGACGAAGAAAACAUUUGUACGGUGUGCAGAGUGGCUCCAAGCAGUGGCGUAUUUUCAAAUUUUUUGUGGGGGGGGGUCUAA